CUUUCAUUUCUUCUCACCCUCCUCUCUCUCUUUUUUUUUCUUCUCGUAACCUUAAUUCCCAACAUGCUUUCUGCCAUCACCCGUGCUUCAAUCAAGCCUAGCCGUAUGGCUUCUCGUGCUUUCAUUUCUACUUGGAACGCUGUUCCUCAAGGUCCCCCAGAUGCUAUUUUGGGUGUUACUGAAGCCUUCAGGAAAGACACUUCUCCCAACAAGAUGAACUUGGGUGUUGGUGCUUACCGUGAUGAUGGUGGUAAGCCCUAUGUCUUGACCUCUGUCAAGAAGGCUGAGAAAAUCUUGAUUGAAAAGAAUUUGGAUAAGGAAUAUGCUGGUAUUACCGGUGUUCCUGCUUUCACCAAGGCUGCUGGUGCUCUUGCUUAUGGUGAUGAUAGCUCUGUCAUUGCUGAAAACAGAUUGGCUAUCACUCAAUCUAUUUCUGGUACGGGCGCCCUUCGUAUUGGUGCUGAAUUUUUGAAUGCUUGGUACCCUCAUGCAAAGAACAUUAUUGUGCCUAAUCCUACUUGGGGUAACCAUAUUCCUAUCAUGAAGAAUGCUGGUCUCAACUUGGAAAAGUACACUUACUUUGACAAGCAAACCAAUGGUCUCAACAUUGAUGGCAUGUUGGAAGAUCUUCACAAAUCUCCCAAGAACACAAUUGUCUUGCUCCAUGCUUGUGCUCAUAACCCUACUGGUGUUGACCCCACUAAGGAACAAUGGGACCAAAUCUCCAAGGUGAUCAAGGAACGUGAACACUUUGCCUUCUUUGAUAUGGCCUACCAAGGUUUCGCUUCUGGUGACUGUACCAACGAUGCUUACGCUCUCCGCAAGUUUGUUGAUGAAGGUCACCAAGUCAUUUUGGCCCAAUCCUUUGCCAAGAACAUGGGUCUCUAUGGUGAACGUGUUGGUUCCUUCUCUGUUGUCUGUGCUGAUGCUGAAGAAAAGUCUCGUGUUGAUUCUCAACUCAAGAUUAUCAUUCGUCCCAUGUACUCUAACCCUCCUAUUCACGGUGCCCACCUUGUCCACACUGUCUUGGACACUCCUGAAUUAAAGAAAGAAUGGCUUGGUGAAGUUAAGCACAUGGCUGACCGUAUCAUCACCAUGAGACAAAAGCUCAGAGGUCACCUUGAAAACGACUUUGGAUCCAAGAAGAGCUGGAACCACAUUACUGACCAAAUCGGUAUGUUCUGUUAUUCUGGUAUGACUCCUGAACAAGUUGACAAGAUCAAGUCUGAGUGGCACGUUUACUUAACUCAAGAUGGUAGAAUUUCCAUGGCUGGUAUUUCUUCUCAAAACGUCAAGUACCUCGCUGAAGCCAUUCACAAUGUCACCAAGGACUAAACCAUACAAAACAAAAUAAUUGCUGUAAAAUAGAUGUUUCUUUCAAUUCCUUAUUAAAAAUCACCUUUCAUCACAA